AUGGCCUGGUGGAGGAAGAACAAGUCACAAUCUGUUAUUGAAGAACAGAGGUUGGUGAGAGGCAAAGAGAGAGGAGGGAUGUUAUUAGAAGAUGUCAUCAAAUGUUGCGAUGGAAAAUCCAAUCCCAUCAAAUUCUUCUCCGCCACUCAGAUCUUGAAAGCCACCAACGAGGCCUGCAAAUGCAAUAUCCCCAAUAUGAUACAAAUAUCUUUAUUUUCUGUAAGUGUACACGUGUUUCCGGAUUAUCUGCUUAUGGGACUUGGUGUUCAGGUACGCUCGAUGACCACUGCAUGA